AUGCCCAGGCCAUCCCAGUCCUUGAAAUCGACCGCAGCUUCGGAUUCUGGAGCCAUUGUUGUUACCAGCCAGCAAAGUCGCUUCCACGUCGAUGCUGUCGACGCCCCUACCUCAAAAGACAUUGAAGUCAAAGAUCUGACACUCUCAGUUGGUGGUCGUGAGCUUCUGGACCACGCUCAUCUGCGGAUCUUGGAUGGUGUGCAUUAUGUCCUGGCGGGUCGCAAUGGUACCGGCAAGAGUUCUCUGCUCAGGGCUUUGGCGGAAAGAAGAGUGCCUGGGAUUCCUAACAACCUCCGCUUUCUAUUGCUCGGUCAGACCCGUGUCAGCUCUGAUGCUCUGUCAGAUCCCAUUGGGGUGGAAACACCGGCUCAAACGAUCCUUGAACAUGUAACCAGGAGUGACCACAAGCGGGAGCGCCUCACCGCUGCGCUAGAAGACAAGGCCGACUCGAACAAGCUCGUCAAGACAGUCCAGUCGCUACAAGUGGAACAAGCCAAGCAAGAAUUGGCGGAAGCACAACUCAUAGCCGCGAGACGAAGUGGGGCUCGUGGCCUCAAAGCACGCCAGUUGCUGAUCGAGAAAGAAAAGGCUUUAGAAAAAGCUGAGAAGCGCUACCAUGAGCCUGGAAAUGAAGGAGACGAACAAGAGGCCGUAAAGACGGCCCUCGACAUGCUGGAAGCCACUCGGUUGGCGCUUGAAGCCAUGGACGCUGAGAGCACCGAAGCUCGCGCGCAUACGGUAUUGCUGGGGUUAGGUUUCUCAGAGGAACAAAUCCAGAAGCCAGUCGAAUCACUGUCAGGUGGAUGGCGGACUCGUUGCGAUCUGGCCUGCGCCUUGGUCCAACGUAUGGAUGUACUCAUGCUGGAUGAACCGACGAACUUCCUCGACCUACCGGCAAUCAUCUGGCUGGAGCGGUAUAUCAAAACUUCACUCGCCACAACCACUGUGGUCGUUGUCACCCAUGAUAGAAAUUUUGCGGACGCGGUAGCUCAAGAGCUGAUCCUGGUUCGGUUGGCUCCUGCAAAGACUUUGGAAGUUUUCAAAAGUAAUUUGACCGAAUAUGAACGGGAGAAGAGAAGGCAAAUCCGGAAUAUGACCAAGAUGUCUGAGGCACAGGACCGCAAGACCAAGCACAUGGAAGACACUAUCAACAAAAAUGUCAAGGCUGCCAAGCGGACGGGUGAUGACAAAAAGUUGAAGCAAGCAGCCUCGCGCCGGAAAAAAUUGGAGGAAAGGACUGGCUUGGAGGUCGGUCAACAUGGAGGUAGGUUCAAGUUAAGCCGGGACCUGGUGGGCUACCAUUUGACAGCUCGGGCUGCCAUUGAAAUUCCCGAAUUCGACCCUCCGGUGACGAUUACGCUGCCGAAUCAACCGUCUCCUCUCCGACAUGCGGGUCCGCUCUUUAGCUUCGAGAAGGUUUCCUUCACGUACCCGAAGUCCGGCACGUGGACUUUGAAAGAUGUCGACCUGGUCAUGCAUCCGGGUGAACGCGUUGGCUUGGCCGGCUUGAACGGUAGCGGGAAGUCGACCUUGGUCAAACUCUUGAUGGCAUUCGCGUCGGGAGGAGAGCCAAGACCAACCAGGGGAUCCAUUACCGUGCAUUCCAAGGCUAGGUUCGCUUGCUAUUCCCAGCAUGCGGUUGAAGAACUGGAGGAGAUCGGUCGACAGUAUCCAUCGAAGACGGCAUUAUCCCACUUGAUGCAGCUCGAUGGCUGGACUGGCAACGAGCAGGUAGCACGAGGGUUAUUGGCAAAACUCGGUCUGCGAGGCAAUUCGGUCACGGACGUUCCGCUCGCAGCACUGUCCGGCGGCCAACGGGUCCGUCUAGCCUUGGCCGAGGCGGUUUUUGAAUCACCCCACUUACUGGUGUUGGACGAAGUGACCACUCAUCUGGAUGCCGCCACCAUUGAUGCUUUGAUCGAAGCUCUCAAGUCUUGGGAAGGCGCACUGCUUGUCAUCACGCACGAUCGACACUUUAUGCGCCGUGUGGUAGACCGGGGAAGAAUCUCUAGAGACCCAGAAGGGGAGGAUAGCAGUGAAAGUGACGAAGAUGAUGGUGAGCCCGGGACAGUGUACCACGUUCGUAAGGCGGGCCUCCGCAAGCUUGAAAGAGGCAUGCAACAGUACGAAGACAUCGUGCUGAAGUCGGUCAACAAGCUUGGCGUAUUACCGGACACUGGCACAACGUGCAGCCAUUACCAUCCAGAAGAAUCAUGA